CCAGACAUAUGUGAAGGAUACUCCGGCCGUCACAGUCAUGAUACAGCUCUACCGGUCAAAAUGCAGUGUUAAAAAUAUUGGUUGACUGAGGCAGUGAGAGGAGCAGCACAAUGACUGUCAGAGGAGCUGGACAGAAGGCGCUCUGAGGAUGACUUGGUCGUAAACAGCCGCCACAGAGGUAACCCCGGUAACCCUGGUAACCCUGGUCACUGUCUUCAUCGCGCUCCAGUUGCCGACAGUAUGCAGAAUAUUCGACAGGCAGCGACAGAUGCCUUCCACCGGCUAGGUCUGAAGCAAAGACACCUGGGGUAUGAAGAGCUGGGUGAGGGCUCGUACACUGAGACGCCUCAGGCCCACUGGUUCCACACUCUGCAGGUGCGGCGUCUCAGGGUCCACAGGGGCCGCAGCAACAGCGACCCGCUCGGGGGGAAGAGCUUCCAGCAGGAGUUCCAAUGGAACACUGGUCUCCAGUUCGGCACAGCCACGUCCUACCUGAAUCUGGAGAAGCUGGGGGAGGGGACCUAUGCUACGGUGUACAAGGGAAUUAGCAGAAUAAAUGGACAUUUGGUGGCACUGAAAGUUAUCCGCAUGAAGACAGAGGAAGGCGUCCCUUUCACCGCCAUCAGAGAAGCCUCUCUUCUGAAAGGACUGAAGCACGCCAAUAUAGUGUUACUCCACGACAUCAUCCACACGAGAGAGUCUCUGACCUUCGUCUUUGAGUAUGUGCAAACAGACUUGGCUCAGUACAUGUCCCAGCACCCAGGAGGCCUGAACCCGUAUAACGUGAGGAUCUUCAUGUUCCAGUUGCUGAGAGGUCUAUCAUACAUCCACGGCCACAGAAUUCUCCACCGAGACCUGAAGCCUCAGAACCUUCUCAUCAGCUACCUAGGAGAACUCAAACUAGCAGACUUUGGUCUGGCUCGCUCUAAGUCCAUUCCAUGUCAGACCUACUCCGCAGAGGUCGUGACCUUGUGGUAUCGACCCCCCGACGUCCUGCUGGGCUCCACCGACUACUCAACAGCGCUAGACAUUUGGGGCGCCGGGUGCAUUUUCAUUGAGAUGCUACAGGGGGCGCCAGCGUUUCCUGGAGUGGCCGACGUAUUCGAGCAGCUUCAGAAGAUCUGGGCAGUUCUAGGUGUGCCCACAGAAGAGACUUGGACAGGGGUGAGCCAGCUGCCCAACUAUAAACCAGAAUGGUUCCUGCCCUGCAAACCCAAGCAGUUCCGAGAUGUUUGGAAAAGGUUAGCCCAGUUGCCGUAUAAGACAGAAGAUCUGGCCAUCCAGAUGCUGUUGGCCAUCCCUCGCGAUCGCAUCUCUGCCCAAGAUGCCCAGCAGCACGCCUACUUCAACACACUGCCACCCCCCCUCCUCCAGCUCCGGGACACUGUGUCUGUGUUUAAGGUGCCUGGCGUCAGAUUGGAGCCAGAGGCCCGAGACAUCUUCAGCCCCACCAGACGAAUGAAAUCCUCCCUUGUUCCACUAGCCAAGUGCUGGUGAUGGGACCCUCAUGUAGAGACAUGCACACACACACACACAGGCAUACACACAGACUCUGACACACACACACACACACACACACACACAUUCAUACACACACACACACACACACACACACACACACACACACAUACACUUGUGCACACACACACACACACACACACACACACACAGACAUGCACAAAUGUACACAAACACAUGCAUGGACAUGCACACAAACAAACACACUCACAAACACACGUGUGCGCGCACACACACACACACACACACACACACACACACACACACACACACACACACACACACACACACACACACACACACACAUAGAUAUGCACAACUGUACACAAACACAUGCACAGACAUGCACACAAACAAACACACACACCACAGAUAGUCAACCACAGAUAAACCUACAAACACACACCAAUGCACUGACCAAGAUUACUCCUAUAUGGUCAUCCUCUUUCACCAAUGACCUUAGCACAUCAUGCGAAUCAUGGCGAACUUGGGUUCUGACACAAAUCGUUUUCUACAAGAACACAACUCUACAAGAACACAACGCUGCAUGACUGUAACAAAUCCUACGCGGAUUCAGAAGCCAUUUCCUGUCUAUCAUUUCUGCCCCUACCCUUCAGAGUUCACUCUAAUGUGAUAUGAGAGAGGUGAAGAGGUGUGUGUGCGUGUGUGUGUGUGUGUGUGUGUGUGUGUGUAUGUGUGUGUGAUAGUAUUUUUUAUUAAUUGAUGUAUUACUGUACUACAUAGAUCUUGUUUGAGUACCUCAGUGGAUACCCAGCAUCUAUCUUUGAUUUGCACAGCUUGUCUGUCCCCUGCCCUGUACAGCUGUCUGCCAGUGAUCCCUGUGCGUCCACAACCACUAUCGCCAUGUUGGGCUUGGAAGGAGCCUGUGUGGAGAACAGCUGCCAGAGAACAAAAUAGUUUAUCAUGGAAGUCAUAGGAAGCAACAUGACACCUAAAGAGCCACACUGAGCUUCAGUGGCUACAGGGCCCAGGCAGUGGCUGACUCUGGAAACGGUUUAGUCUUAAUCUGCCUCUGUUUGGGCCCAGAUCUUGCCCUGGUUUAGUCUUAAUCUGGCUCUAUUCAGGCCAAGAUCUGACCCUGUUUUAGCUCUAGCCUGGCUCCGAUUUGGGCAUGAUCUCUUCCAGAGUCAUCUGCUGUCUGGACAAAGAAAGCGCUAUUGAGCAACAGCCCAUUAACAUCAGCAUACUGUAGGUGCACCUUAAGCAAUAUGAAUUACUAAGUUACUAGUCGGCCAUGUUGAAUAGAACACAUUGUACAUUACAUUAUGGAUCCCUAAGUGAGCACUAUUUAUAUCGUUACUGAACAUAAACUAGCCAUUCAGUACAACGUCAGGAAACAAUAAACAGCAUUAAGUUAAGUCUUAAGUGAAUGGCUUGAUGUUAUGUUUAGUAAUGGUUUUGUUACAUUUUAGGAAAGGGAUUCAUAAAAUAAAAACAUUGCCAUGACCUGAGUCCUUUUGACAUGUUCAGUGUUCACUAAAGCCUCCAAAUAGCCCUCCCACAGAAAGAAGAAGGUCUGUGGACCCUUAGUAAGCUAAGCUGCUGGUCAAUAUAGUACAUAUGUAGAUAAUCAUAGAGACUAUGAAACAGAAUUGAGACUGUGAGUAAAGCCCAAUUCACACCAAAGAUUCCCGACGCGACGAGACUGAGUUGCAGCAGUGUGAAUUAGAAGUUGCACGUAGUUGCAAGCCGUCGCAGAGCAUUGAACAUGUUUAGUUGCAGUCGCAAGGUUUUAGAACGUCGCGGCUCGUCUCAUCUCGUCUCGUCGGGAAUCUUUGGUCUGAACCCUACUUAAGACUGUGUGAAGAUCGAGAUAGACUGUGUACG